AUGCUGGAUCAGUCGUUCGUCGUGCUGCCGCCCAACUCCUCCGCGUUUCACGGCGCGUCUUACGGCGCCCCUCACGCGCCUCGUCAUGGAGCCGCUGGUGGGGCGAUCCGACCGUCGAUUAACUCUGCGAUCAGUGCUCCGCCGUCGAUUCCGCGCCCCCCUAUAGGCAGUCCCAGUUCCCUUCAUCCCUCGUCUGCCGCCUUGUCUCCCGCUGCGGGAUCAGCUGGUACAUCGCACCCAGCGUCCAUCCCGGAAGAGCAUCAGCCGCGGCUGCAGCAGCAGCAGUUUCAUUCGCAGGAUCAAUCCCAACCGCAUCCCCAGCAGGGACCAUCGACGGCUGAGAUUCAUUCUCACAGCCAGUCUCAGUCUCAUGUUCAUCCGCAGCAGCAUCAGCCGCCACCAAUCAGAGCCGCGCAUCUGCCAACCAUUGGGGGACACGUGGCGUUCCAAUCACACGCGGCCUUCCAAUCGCCCUUGGGUCGCAGGGUGAAGGUGCGAGGAACACUGCACUUCCUCUGUAAUGUUUUUUCUUGCUCUGGUAACCCCCUCAUCACCUCACUCUGUUCAUCUCCUGUGUUUCUCACCUAUCUGCCCAUCCCCACUUGUCUCCCUCUCACCCCUCCGCUGCGCCCCUCCCCUGCGCCCCUCCUGCGCCCAUCAGCGCCCCCCGCCCAUCUGGACGAGUCGUUUGUGGUGCUACCCGGCUCGGCUGCUUCUGGUAGCUCCCCUCCCACCACCUCUGCCUCCUACUCGCCUUGCUUCCUUACCUUCCUCUCCUUUGCUCCUCCCUCUCGUUUCCCCCCUUCCACCACUCCAGCGCCCGCCGCCCGUCUGGACGAGUCGUUUGUGGUGCUGCCUGGCUCGGCUGCUUCUGUCUACGGCGCCCCUGCCCUCCCCCACGCGCCCUCCUCCUCCUCCUCCUCGCACGCCCGCCCUUCGCCCCACACCCACCCCUUCCCCCUACCCCCCACCGUGUCCGGUGCUGCUGCUAACGCAGCCGUAGCUGUCACUGCAGCUGCCGCUGCUGCUGGUGCUGCUGCUGCUGCUGUUGAUGGUGCUGCUGGUGCUGCUGCUGCUGGUGCUGGUGCUGCUGCUGUUGAUGGUGCUCCGUCCCUUGUGUCUGAGUGCUUGACUCACCGGGGCGAGAGCUCAGGUUCGGAACAGGUGCAGCCGGAGAAUGUGACGGUGAGGAUCGGUUCAGAGGGGUCUGCUGCUGAUGAGGAGAGAGGGAGAGGAGGGGGUGAGGAAGAAGAAAGGAGAGGGAGUGUGGAGGGAGGAGGUGAAAGAGGGGAUGGUGUGAUAGGAGGGUUGGAGAGAGGAGGUGAUGGAGAGGAAGAGCGAAUUGGUGGCGAGAGUGACAGUGGCGAGAGUGGUAAAGGAGUGUUUGACCUGGUGGCGCUGAGGACCAAGGUGGAGAUGCCCCUCUGCUGCCGCUGCGCCCACCACGUGUGCCGGGAGAUUGAUGCCCAGAUAGAGGCGGUGGACCGAGUGUUUGACCUGGUGGCGCUGAGAACCAAGGUGGAGAUGCCCCUCUGCUGCCACUGCGCGCACCACGUUUGCCGGGAGAUCGACGCCCAGGUGAGGGAAGCAGAGGAGGAGAUAGCAGCAUACGAAGCAGCGCUACACUCCAUCCUUGCCACCUCCCCUGCCGCCGCCUCCUCCUCCAAGCACCAUCCCUUCCCGAUCAACCAUGCGAAUACUGCAUUCGCCACCACUGCUGCCGGUGGGGCGCCCAUGGGGGAGGACGCAUUCAGGCAGCACAUGACCGAGGUGGAGGAGGAGGAGCGGCGGCUGCAGCAGGAGGCGGAGGAGCUAGAGCAGCAGAGGGCGCAACUGAGGGCGCAACUGGGGGAGGUGGAGGCGGAGCAGGCAGAGCUUGAUGCUGCUGAGGAGAGGUACUGGCACGAGUUCAACGAGUUUCAGUACCAAGUGUCCGUGCAUCAGGAGGCAAGGGACGGUCUACUGGCAUCUAUAGAGGCGGCAGCAGCCCAAUCAGACGCGUUGAGGCGCAGCUUUGUGUUGAACGAUGCCUUCCACAUCUGGCACGACGGGGACUUUGGCACCAUCAACAACCUGCGCCUUGGCCGCCUGCCCUCCGUGCCUGUGGAGUGGGAGGAGCUGAACGCAGCAUGGGGCCAGGCGUGCCAUCUGCUCUUCACACUAACUCCUUCCCCCCUCCCCUUCCUCUUUCUCGAUUUGCAGGUGGAGUGGGAGGAGCUGAACGCAGCAUGGGGCCAGGCGUGCCAUCUGCUCUUCACACUAACUCCUUCCCCCCUCCCCUUCCUCUUGCUCGAUUUGCAGGUGGAGUGGGAGGAGCUGAACGCAGCAUGGGGGCAGGCGUGUCACCUGCUCUUCACGCUCGCCCGCAUUGCCAACUGCCCCAUCGCGUAA